GGCGCGCCAACUUGUAGCGGCGUAUAACGUUCGGGUUCAGACUGUUUGGGCGCGUUUCACAAAAAAAUCGCGGCGGGGCAGCAGGACCGCAGCCCUCGGCUGCGUACCGAAUUAGUAACGAUGGCCGCCCCACCGCUCCAGUGCCAGGCCGUGCUCCACCAGGCCGCGCACCGCGGGAUCGACCUACAAAGGUGGUUCGGACCGGCGGUGAUUCCAAGUGGCGACUUCGAGAAGAAGAUGAUGGGCCUGGGUUUGGGCGUGGCGGCGGGCCUGCCGGCCGAGGCGGCCCAGUGCGUGGAGCGCGGGCUGGCGCGCGGCGCGCUGGACGAAGCCGUAGCCGCGGCGGCCGCGGGUGAUGAUCAGGUGGACGUGGCCAAGCUCCUGAGCCUCGCCAAGGUUUCGGUAGGACGACCGCCGGCGCGCCAGAAGCCCUGGACCGCGCCGCGGCCGAGGACGGCGCCGGUGCCGUCUUCUCGGAAAGCUGCGACGGCGCUGGCUGCGACCGAGCUCCAGCGGCAGAAGGUGACGCCGUCGAGACUAAGAGGUUUGAAGGUAGCUCUACGGAGAUCCGGCGAGACCAUCGACGUCGAUGCGUUACAGAAAGCUUUGGGGACACAAAACCUGCGGCUGAGGGACGCGAACGCCGCCGCUCUUGUGAGAGAGGCGGCGUGGCGGUCCCAGAACAAUGAAGAGGGCGCGCCGACGAAGGCGCCGCUCAUAGGCAUCAUCUCCCUGGUCGAGGACCUCUUCGCGCCCUCGGAAAAGCCGCCCGCCCCCUCCUACGAGGCCUGGAAGAAGCAUAAGGACGAGGCCCAGAAGGGCCGAGCUAGAAUUCAAUUCCGACGGGCCUUGGGUGGCUUAUCUCAUGCGUUAGAUGCCCCGGAGCUGAAGGACAUGCUUCUGAAAUAUCAAGUGUUGAACGAAGACGCGUUGACGGAGGAGAUCCGGGCCUCAGCGAGGGAGUGGGCGCGGUCGCCGGACGGCCACUUUGCGCAGCUCAAGGCGGGCCUGAAGAAUAGUGAUAGUGACGUCGAGGAGGGCCGGCGGAAAGUUCUGAGAGAUCUCGAACAGAAGACCGGUUUUGUGACUCUAGAAACGUGGAAGCGCUACGAACUGGCUCUGAAACGACGGGACGCCUGCGAAGGACCGCUACCCUUCGAGACCUACCUCGCGUCGAUCAAAGCAGAAAGGCAGAAGGCCGAGAAGGUUGUCGAGGAGUGGACGAAGAGCAAAGACGAGGAAGAGAAGCUGCGGAAGGAGGAUAGGAUGCGCCGCGCGCCCGUCGACAAGGUGGUCGACGAGAUGCGGUCGCUAUAUGAUCAAGCCCACGAUGAGCUGGACGGCCAAUACAAGGCUUCGCGGAUCUGCCCCUCGAUCGAAGCGAAGCUGCGAGGAUUCACCGAAAAAGCGCAAAAUGGACUCGUGACGAAGGCCCAGUUCGACGACACCUUCGGCAAGGAGGCCUUUUCGUUGUUGGCAGACAAGCGCGUCGCGCCGAAGGCGUUGGCGCUGGCCGAUGCGUCGGUGCGGCAGUCUAUUACCGCAAGAAGAUCUAGUGGCGAGAAGCCCACGUCCGAGGUCUUCGGCAUGUCGUCGGAAGAAGCCUCGAAGCACGCGAAAGAGCUGUCGGAAAAGAAAGAAAACGAAACGAACGAAGAGUACACGAAGUGGGUCGCGGCGAAAGCUGAAGAGCGCAAGAAAAAUCUCAAGGCGCGCAAGGAGAAGGCCAAAGCUUUAAAGCAGGGCCUGGACUCGACGCGCUCCGACGUCGAGGCGAAGCUGACGGCGUGGCGCAAGGCCCAGGCCAAAGCCUCGAAGGCCCUGAAGAAGCGCGCGGCCUACACCGGCGACGACGCGGAGACGAUUACCAAAUUAGAGGACGCCGUCGACGCGGCGAACAAGCUGCGGGCGGAGACCGGCGUCGCGGCGACCGCGGCGACGAAGCGGUGGAAGGCCCUCAAGAGCGCGCGGAAGGUCGCGCGGGGGAAGUAAUGAUUCAACUAUACAA